CUUUAACUACGUAUUUUCAACAAGUUGUUUCUCUCAUGCUCUCAUGUAGAGUGAUCAAGCCGGCCGCACUCAAGUUGCAGGAGAGACAUGUCCAAUGCCGAGGAUACAGAAUCAGGGGGAGGAGCCAUGGGCAACAGAUUAACAUAUGCAAAUAAGGUCAUUCUUGCGCCAAUGGUGCGGGUUGGCACAUUGCCAACGAGACUGCUAGCUUUGGACUACGGAGCUGAUAUUGUGUAUUGUGAGGAGAUAAUUGACCACAAAAUGUUGCAGUGCGAAAGAAUUGAAAACGAUAUUUUAGGAACAGUCGACUAUGUGACAAGAAAUGGAAAAGUGGCCUUCAGAACUUGCGACAAGGAGAGAGAUAAAGUCGUCUUCCAGAUGGGAACGUCCGACCCAGACAGAGCUCUCAGAGUUGCUAAACUUUUAGAGAAUGACGUAGCCGGCAUUGAUAUUAACAUGGGGUGUCCUAAGGAAUAUUCCACCAAGGGUGGCAUGGGAGCAGCCUUGCUUACCGAGCCUGACAAAAUUCUCAAGAUUUUGACGACUUUAGUUCAAGGCAUCUCCAAACCAGUCACGUGUAAGGUCAGGCUUUUACCCUCGAUGGAGGACACCUUAGCCUUGGCGCGUACCAUUGAGAGCACGGGGGUGGCUGCCUUGGCCGUACACGGGCGGACGAAAGUGGAGAGGCCCCAGCAUGCGGUGAACUGUGAAGCCAUCAAGGCCGUGGCCAACGCUGUAUCCAUCCCUGUCAUUGCAAAUGGAGGUUCCAAAGAGCACAUCACAACAUACGAGGAUAUCGAGCGUUUCCGCCAGCAGACGCAAGCGUCUUCGGUCAUGAUCGCCAGGGAAGCACAAUGGAACACCUCCAUCUUCAGGAGACAAGGCAAACUACCUCACGAUGAUGUCAUCAAGGGCUACUUGAAAUAUGCAGUGGACUAUGAGAACCCCCAUGCAAACAGCAAGUUCUGUGUCUUACAACUCCUCCACGGGAACGAGGAGCUAAGCAGCCACCUGGCUGUACUGAAAACCAAGAACAUGGCCGAAGUGUGCAAAAUUUGGGGAAUGGAAGGGUACUACGACAAGGUCAACGAACUCCACAGACUCGCCAGAGAGAGGAAGGAAAACGCCUUUGGAUUCAAGAAACGGAGACUUGAAGAUGGAACGGAGCUCUUUGAAAUGAAGGUGAAAUAUUUCAGGAAAGACUAUCUCACAACGCAGACACCCAUGGACAUUUUGAACAGGCUUGUCUGCCAUAACCAACUGCCUAGACCUCAGUUUACAUUGGAGGUGGAUGAAUCCGAGAAAAACUACCGAGCGAUUUUGACGAUUGAUGGAAAGAAGUACACUUCGACACAAUGGGAGAUCAGCAAAACUUUUGCCAAGCAGGGCGCGACAAAAGUGUGCCUGCACGUAAUGGGUCUUCUGGAUGUGUCUAGACCGUUACAUCACAAACAGCAGACUGAAGACAAGACCACACAGGAAUUAAAACCGACUGCUGGAGGCGAGACUAACAAGGAUGUAACUCACAACAGCCAAUCACGAGAAGUGGCUACUGGACUGGAUGCAACUGUAUUUGACAGAGGGACUGGAGAAGAGUCUAGGCAUAUAGAGUCCAGCCGCUCACCAUGUGAAAUUGAGGCUGGUAAAGAGUCUAUGAGUGGAGGUCAGAUGUCAAAUGAUGAACUCGGAAAAGGAGCCAAUAACAUUGUAGAUGGUUUAAAAUACGUCCAAUCACAAACUGACUCAAGCUGACGGGUGCCCUGUGAAUAGAAAAAUCAGAACGCAUAAAUUAAUGGCUUAAGGUGGGGUAACAUUUAAGGAUAGUAUUUUUUUCGAAUUCUGUAAAAUCAACUUGGAAGAAUGGAAGAUGUUACAAUUGUUUUUUCGCUUCCUGACUGCGUCAACCAUUUACUCUUUAUUCAUCGCAUGCACAUGUAUUUCACAUUUUGUACAAAUUAUUGGAAGAAAUAUAAAUCAGAGAUCAGUAAAUGCAUAUAUCUUCUGAGGCACAUCCAUUGCUUUCCAAGGUCAAUCAUUUGGCCUAUAAUUAGGUCAUUUCAUUUGAAUGAAUUAAAGUUUAUAAACAUU